UUACCGCCUAAGGAAAGAAGAUUAAAGGUGAGAUGCGGGGGCCGCUCUGCCCACACACCGGCGACCCUUCUACCCCAGCACGGCCAGCAGCAGGAUCCAACACCACUUCAAUCCCCGGGCCCCGACAACGGCCCACUUCGAGGCCCAGGCUGCUUGGGGUAGGGGGGAGUGGCGAAUCUGCCACGGGCCAGGUCAAAAUGAGGAGCGGAGAAAAGGGGUCCAAGGGGCCAGCUGGAGGCAUGUUUUGGGGCAGCGUGGGCCCCAAACAGCUGGCGGGGUGUGUGUGGACGGUUUGGGUCUCUGUGGGGGAUGGGUUGACUUGUGGAGUAGGGGGCUCUGGGCCUAUCACCGGGGCACUAGCCUUCUUCUCACACCGCGGAAGAUCCGGGAGGGCCUAUGCCUAACGCGGAGGGGUGGUCCCGCGAAGUGGCCGUAGGCAAAGGGCUCGAUUUCCGGGCACCGAGUGUGAGGGUGGCUACAGAGCGCGCCCAGAGAAAGGCCUCGCUAGGAAAGCUACCGAAGGUCAAAGCAGGCGACUCGGCGGUGGUGUUUAGGGUGAACGGAAAGAAAAGGGCAAGGAGAAGAGGGCUCGGUGCUCACGGGUCAUGGCGACGGCAGCGGCUCCGACCUGCCUCCGUUACGUCCCCUCGUUCUGUCCGACGUUGCAGGUCCCGCCCCUUCUCGCAACGUAACGCAGUCGUUCCUUUCCUCCCCGCCCCUUCGCCCCUGGGAGCCGGCUCCCAUUGGACAAGGAAAAGCACGUGGGUCCACGGGUCGCGCUUGAGCCGGGGAGGGAUCACCUCUCAGCCACUUAUUUGGACACGGGUUGUUCACAGCUCGCUUACAAUCAAGUACAAACACAACUUCAGAAACCCGCUUCUAUUGCCGUUGUCCCCUUCCACGCCCCUUCACUGUAGAAAAUCGCAGCCACAUCUGGUAUUUCCUAAAACUCGUCCCUGCUCGUUUUCCCCCAGAAAGUUUAAAUGUGAAGAUGCAGCUUGGAAGUAUUUGAGGACUCUAAAAGUCACAGACUAUGGAGUUGGAUCAGUGGCCGAGAUUAGAUAAUGCACAUAGUAUGUCCGCUUUUCCCCUCUGGACCUUUCCUCACUGACCAUCGCCACCAGCCACACCCGGUUUUGUAUUAAGACCCUGGAAGGCCGGGCGCGGUGGCUCACGCCUAUAAUCCCAGCACUUUGGGAGGCCAAGGCGGGCAGAUCAGGAUGUCAGGAGUUCGAGACCAGCAGCCUGGCCAACAUGGUGAA